AUGCGUUAUGCUGUACUUGUAACCGGCCCUGCGGGCGCAGGAAAGUCGACAUUCUGCACCUCGAUCUUGACGCACCUGCAGACCGCGAAGCGAACGGGGCACCUCGUGAACCUUGACCCUGCGGCAGAGAGCGCAUCCUUUGAGUACGAGCCCGCCAUCGACAUCCGUGACCUCGUCAGCCUAGCGGACGUGAUGGAUGAGCUGGACUAUGGCCCUAACGGCGGGCUGGUGUAUUGCUUUGAAUAUUUGCUGCAAAAUAUGGACUGGCUAGAUGAAGAGCUUGGCGAAUACGAGGAUGACUACCUAAUAUUCGACUGUCCCGGACAAAUUGAGCUCUACACCCAUCAUCCAUUUCUUCCGAGUCUGGUGCGGCACCUAACCCGCCUCGGGUUGCGUACAUGCGCCGUCUACCUCAUCGAAUCACAAUUCAUGGAGGAUAAAUACAAGUUCUUCAGCGGUGUGCUCUCCGCGAUGUCUGCUAUGGUGAAUCUCGAAAUUCCAUGGAUCAACGUUAUGUCCAAGAUGGAUCUGGUAACGAGUAGCACUGAGGACGCCGCGAGUGGACGAAAUGGAAUUCGCGCCCGAAAAGAUAUUGCGAGAUACCUCGACCCGGACCCGCUCCUCCUUGUGUCUGCACCCGGAAGCCGCGAAGAGCGCUCAGAGCGCAAUUCACGCUUCCACGCUCUGAAUCAAGCAAUUGUCCAACUCAUUGAAGAUCACCCACUAGUCUCCUUUCUGCCACUCGACCUCACAAAUCCAGACUCCAUCGAGACGGUGCUCAGCCACAUAGACUACACGAUGCAAUAUGGCGAGGAUGAGGAGCCCAAGGAGCCACAAGAUCUGGAUGAAGGUGACUUCGCCGACAUGGAGUGA